AGGAGCUGCAAGGAGGCUUCGACCUGGUGUUCUGCGGCGAUUUGCUGUUCCAUGUCUGGAACGGCAAGCUGCAGACGGAGUUCAUGCAGACUUUACAGGAGCUGUGCCGCCGACAGCGUCGACCCGGCAGCCCCAUGAAAAUUGUCUUCGCCGGGCAAGUUCGCAGCGGGCGUCAAGAGUCUCAGGUUGUGGACAAUGUGGCCGACAGAUUAGGCUACGUGCAGGUGCCACUGUCUCUGGAUCCCAGUUGGUUUUCCACAUCUUCCCCCUUGCUGGCAGACGCCAAGUACAGGAUCAUACGCCUUGAGCCGGCCGGUUGAGCCAAUGGGGCCCUCUGUUCACAUCUUUCAACGGCGAUUUCUUGAUGAUUUCACCAAGCGAAUGGUUGUUACCAAGAAAAAGCCAAGAAACAUGGUGGUCUGAACAGAAAAAGUCG